UUCCUCUUACGAACUAUCACAUCGAUUUAAAACACGGAGUAGCGAAGUACUCCGAUGAUAAGGUUCUCGUCUUCAGUGGAAAUAGUACAUAACCGAGAUAGUGAGAUAAACAUCUCACUCGAUUUAAUCAUUUCGUGGAAAUAUAAUUUGUGCAAUUCAUGGUGACUGCGUUCCGUAUUUUUGUUCUACGUACACAUCUACAUCAGAUACUUCCUAAGAGAUGACAGCGUAGUGUGAUCGAAACCGGGUUCAAGAGUGUAUCGUUGAUUCUCAUCGAGAAGAAUAUAUCAAAAUCUCGGAAGGCAUCUCGAGAAUGACAUGUAAUAACACUUUACCUCUUCAAGCAAACCAUUAAUCAUGUUUUACCAUCGACGGUGAAUGGAAAAAAGAUACUUUUACAAAGAAAUACAAUUCGGUAAAUCUUUCUCGUUCGCCGAAUUUAUGAACAUCAAACAAUGGCUACCUACCUAGAGAUUCUCUGUGGACUAAUAGCCAUAUGUUUGGCGUUUUACUAUUACUUCCUUUCGGUCCUCGAUUUUUGGAAAAUUCGAGGUGUUCCUGGACCGAAACCUCUGCCAUUGCUGGGUAAUAUCAAGGAUGUUAUGUUAAUGAAAAUGUCGAUGAGCGAUUACUUGAGGAAAAUUUAUCACGAGUACAAAAACGAGCCUAUGGUUGGAAUAUUUGCUAGAAAAACACCGAUAUUGGUUCUGCAAGACCCUGAUCUUAUAAAAGACGUACUGAUAAAGGAUUUUUCUAAGUUUGCUAAUCGGGGACUUCCUGUGCUGGAAAAGAUAGAACCACUCUCUCCUCACCUCUUCAACCUGGAAGCAGAAAGAUGGCGGCCCCUGAGGACCAGACUCUCGCCAGUUUUCACGUCCGGCAAAAUAAGGGAAAUGUUCCCGCUCAUAUUAGAAUGCGCCGAUCAUUUAGAACAAUAUCUAGAGAAAAUCGUAGCAAGAGGAGAGCCCAUCGAAUGCCGCGAAUUGACAGCAAAAUAUACGACAGACGUAAUAGGAAGCUGUGCGUUCGGCAUCGAAAUAAACGCAAUAUCCGACGAUGAAAGCGAAUUCCGUCGAGUAGGUAAAUCGGUGUUCGCCACCAAUUUCUUGCAACUUGUGCGAUUCCGAGCUAGGCAGAUGUUCCCGACUUUUUAUAAUUUGCUCGGUUACGUGUUACCGUCGUCAGAAGUAACGACGUUUUUUACUAAAGUUAUUGUGGACACCAUGAGGUAUAGAGAAGAGAAUAAUGUUACUAGGCCUGACUUCGUUAAUAUGCUUAUAGAGCUCAAGAAACAUCCGGAUAAACUAGAAAAUGUCAAAUUGACGGAUAGUUUGCUGACCGCUCAAGCUUUCGUCUUCUUCAUCGCCGGGUUCGAAACCUCCUCUACGGCUAUUAGCAAUGCUUUGUACGAAUUGGCGUUGAACCCUGAAGUACAGGACAAACUGCGGAAGGAAAUUAAGGAGAUGUAUGAUAAAAAUAAUGGAGAAUUGCAGUAUGAGAAAAUAAAGGAUAUGGAAUAUUUGGAUUUAGUGUUUAAAGAAACUUUAAGAAAGUACCCACCUGGACCACUGCUGCUGAGAAGAUCAAUAUGCAAGUAUACCUUUGAAGGUACAAAAAUUACAAUACCGGCAAAACAAUUUAUAUGGAUACCAAUAUAUGCAAUUCAGCGGGAUCCGGAUAUUUAUCCAAAUCCUGAUGCUUUUAUUCCUGAGAGGUUUACUGAGGAUGCUGUUGCAGCCAGACAUCCUAUGCAUUAUUUGCCCUUUGGAGAUGGGCCAAGAAAUUGUAUUGGAGCUCGGUUUGCAAUUUAUCAAUCCAAAGUUGGACUCAUAAAAAUACUUCGCAAUUACAAAAUCGAUGUCUGCGAGAAAACUAUGAUUCCGUACGUAAUUGACCCAGCUGCCUUCUUGCUGGCACCGAAAGGAGGAAUAUAUUUGAAAAUAACAAAAAUAGAGAGUUAAUAGUUGCAAAAAUUUAAGUGGUAUAUAAAUAUAUACUUCCUGUUCGUAAUUCUAUGAAUGUAAAAUAUUAAAGAAAAGUGGUGGUAUAGGGAUGCAACCUACUAUACAAAAUUAUCUUUUGUAAAUAUUAAAUAUAAAUUCGAAUGUGAUUUUACAAUAGAUAAUCUUGCAAUAAAUUACAAUAGAUAGACUUUAUUAAAUUAGCAGAGUAAAAUUCGUGGUAUAAAUUAUUAACUAUAAAAUGCAGCAAACUUAUAUCUUCCUUGUUUAGUGUCAUAUAUUCAGAAUUUUUGUAUAACUUGCAUCAUUUUAUUAUAAGUAGUGAAAUAGUAUAUCAGCAAGUUAUUUGAGAUUAUUUCGUUAUGUUUAUGAAAAGUCUUUUACUAAGAUUUUAUGUUAUAACUUAUUUUACGAUUUCUACAAUUAGUACAAUUUGCUUCAUUUUCUUCUUUUUUGCAACUAUUAACUUUUUCAAACUACUUAAAACAUAUUUUUUUUCAAUAUCAAAAAUCAAAAAAUACUCGAAAGUCUAAUGUCAUUAUGUAUAGAUACAAAUAUAAAGGUUAUGAUCCCUAGAGAAUGUAUUUUUUCAUAAUCACUUUUUGGAUAAAUAAAUGAAUGACUAUAUUUUUCAAAAUGUAUAAAAACAUAUUUCAUUUAUUAAAUAAGAAAUAUAUCUUUCAUACUUUUAUGAAUUAUCUAUAUCUAGCCUAUAAGAAAAAUUUUGUAGCGAUAAAUAAUGAAUGUAAUAAAAAAUCUAAUUACGUUUAUACAUAUAAAAUGUUUGAAAUAACAUGAUGUACUUCCUUGAUACAUAAUAGCAUUUUUUCUUAUAAUUAGUAUAUUUAUUUUUUCUAAGUAUCAGAUCAUGUUUUCAAAUACCACAUAAUUAAUUUCAUUCAUUUAGCAGAUAUUAUUUGCAGCUGCAUAUAAAUGCAACCACUUGUAACUGCAGAGUAAAUGUAUAAUUUAGUUGUAUAAAAUUAACCAUUGUACGACCGACUCAUUGCCAACACAUGUAUCACAAAUUCAAACAUUCUAAUCAUAGUUUCCAAAGUCCUCAUCUAGCCUCCUGUAUCCACUGAGUCAUUCUGUCCUCUACACUAUUGCUCUAACACCGAUCAUUGCACCGAUAACUAACCAUAUAAAUAAAGCAUUUUGGCCACUGGUCAGUUCUCUGUAAUACUCAGCAUUCGAAAGAUACUGUUCACAAUAAAACCUUGAAGUCUCGUUUAAAACGUGUUUGUUAUUCAUAAUAUUAUAAAGCAAAGUAACGCGUUUAUCUUAAAUAACACUCUGGAGGUAAGAGAUCAAAUUAGGUCAAUGUAUCAGCAUUGAAACACACAUUAUUGCCAUAUAUAUAAGUAUCGCACACAUAAAGGUAUUGCAUUUGCCUAUACUGUUACACUACACAUAUAUUUUGUUAAAACACAAUCUUUAAUCUAAUUGUUCAUGACCUGUAAAAUUUGAAUCUUCCCGUGAAUCACCGCGUAAAUGAUUGAUGAUGUGUGUUGGCACUAUACAGAUUUUCUAAUGGACUCAUUCUCGCAGUUAACUUCUCGAUUGUAGGAAAGAGGGACGCUAAAUAACCGAUCGGCCAUGAUGUUAAGUUCUAUGAAUCUCCAUCGUCCAGUUGUGUGUCGGAAGAAGGUACGAGGUGAUCAUUAUGAAAUCACCGUGGGAACGUUAAUUCUAAACAAACGAAUAUAAAGGAUGGAGAUCAUCGAAUAACCAGUCACUUGAUGUAGGUGGCACAACUGAAUCGUUCAAUACGUGCAACGUAGUUGUUUACACUACAUGAAUUCGUUGAACAACUUGUCACGA